AUGUGGUUAGCUUAUGUACAAGAAACUCCAACCUACAGCUUGACAACAGCAGUUGAAAAUUUGGCACAACUUUUUAGAAAUUUGGAAUUUGACGCGGAGCAUGAAGCUAAUUGUGGAUUUGAAAGGUUCAAAACGAUCGAAGAAUGUAUGGAACUUGCAAGAAAAUAUAGCAAAGCGGAGGAGGCUUGUAAUACCUACUUACAUACUUUGGAUCUGACAACAUUCCUUACUACCAUAAAACACAUGGAUUUUGCUCAUUUUUUAGAUAAAGUGAAAAGAAAAUCAGUGAGAGAAAAAUAUCAUAAUUUGAAACUAGCAAGCACGACAACACAAUCACAAUUGGAACAAACCUAUAAACCAAUAACAGAACCACUAAAACAACUAAUUUCUACUAUAGGUGAACCGAUAGUACUGAAAGAAGAACCCUUUAGUUUAAAAGAAGAAUUUGUAACACCAAAAAAAAAAUACGAAACUUCAACACCAAGCAAACAGAGAAUAGUUCGAAAAACAGGAAAAACUCCCAUUUUACCAUCAGAGAUACCAUCAUUUUUUGAUACUAGUGUUGCUUCUGUUAGUCAAUUUCCUUCUAUACAGGAAACAACUGUUUUAGCUGAAACUAGUCCUUUUCCAAAAGGUAGUACUAGUGAAAGUUUAAAUUUGUCCGAUAUAUUGGAACAAACUAAGCAAUCAAUUAAAAAUUAUAUAGACUCCCCAUCUUACCAAGUGUAUUUGUCAGAUUUUCAUAAAUUACCUAGGUCCUAUAUUGAUGGAAGCGUAAGGGAUACAGAACAUAAAUUCGAUCAUAAUUAUGGAGUAGUUCAUGAUAUUGAUGGUGAAAAAUUUUUUCUGGGUCUAACACAAAAACCCGUGAAAAUAGUUGGUAAAAAUAUUGUAGUAGAGGGUAGAACUUAUGAGGGUACUGUGGGUUUAUACGAAUUACUUUUUAAAAAGGAACCUGUUGGCUUCAAACCCAAAGAUUUGGAUAAUUAUAUGGACAUUUUGAAAAUAACAAAUGCAUACCGUAGAAAUAAUGACCCCAAUGAACAAGUUCAAGGAACCGCAUCUACGAAAUAUAUUACAAUUAUAGGUCCAUAUCUUCAAAAGAAAGGAAUUACAAAAUCUAAAACAAUAAAUCCCGAUGUGAUUAAUGUUAAUAAAAGGUUGAAUGAAAAUGAUGUAAAAAUCGAAAAUACUGCAAAAAAAAUUAAGCUUUUUGAAAAUGAUUUAAAAAAAGACAUUAUUGAUUGUAGUGCAUCAACAAAAAAAAAUUAUGAAAAGCUAACAAAAUUUGAAGGUGAUAUUGAAACAAUAACAAAAUAUCAUAAUGAUGUUAUUGAUUUGAAAAAUUAUUUUGAAACCGAAAUAACGAAAUUAAAAACAUACAUGAAUGAAACAUCAAAAAUCGAUAGUGUUCAAAAAAGCAUAGAAGAUAAUCUCAAAUUAAAAUUUGAAAAUUUUUCAACCAAAGUUUAUGAUAGAGUUACGAAAGAAGUAAAGUACUUCAAAAAUAAUCAUGAUAAUAUUGAUAAAAAUAUAAAGCGCUUGGACAGAACUUCAAAUUUAAAUGCACUACUACGAAAAAAAAAUACUGACGAUAUCGCAUUUAUAAAGGAGCAAUUAAACACAAUUUUGACACAAAUUCCAAAGCUAACAUCGAUACAAAGUUCAAGUGAAGAAGAAGUACGUAAUCUUAAAAUUAAAAUAAAUGACAUUGAAAUGAAUACUAAAGAAAUUACUGAGUUCAAAAAUCAAUUAAAUAAUAUUUCAUUGGACAUUUCGAGAUUGUCAUCUGUACAAAAUUCAAAGAUGGAAGAACAACUGAAACUCACAACCGAAAUUACUGAAAUAAAAUCGAUUAUCAAAGUGAUUACCGACCUAGAAAAUCAAUUCAAGAUUAUUUCAAUGAAAGUUAUAGAUUUGGGAAAAAAAAUUGAUGAAAUAAAAAAUCUAAAGGUUGAUGAAGACGUAGAGUUCAAAAUUGAUCAAAAAGUUGAACAAAUCAGAAAAUAUGGAACCAAGGAUAUUGAAUUAUUAAAAGAAAAAUUAAAUACAAUUUUAUCACAAGUUUCAGAAUUGUCUUUUACGCAAAUUUCAGGCAAAAAAGAAAUAGAACAGCUUAAAAUUGAUAUUGAUGACAUUAAAAUCAACACUAAAGGAAUUACUGAUUUCAAAAAUCAAUUUAAUAAUAUUUCAACAGAAAUUUCCAAGUUUUCCUUAAUGCAAAAUUCAAACAAAGAAGAAAUACUAAAACUUGAAACUCAAUUGACAAAGAUACAACUGGUUACUAAAGUUGUUACCGACCUAGAAAAUCAAUUCAAGAAUAUUUCGAAGGAAAUUUUAAAUUUAGGUAAAAGAAUUGAUGAAAUAAAAAAUCUAAAAAUUGAUGUAGAUUCCAAAAUUGAUCAGAAAGUUGAAAAAAUUGAAAAAGAUAUUCAGUUAUUAAGAGAAUAUGUUGAAAAUGAGGACAAAAAAUUGAAUGUGGGUAUUAAUAAAAUAAAUGAAACUAUGGGAACCAAAAUUAAAGAAAUAAUUAUUGAAAAUCUCAAAGCAGAAAUUGCACAAGUGAAAGAUAAAAUUGAAAAUAUAAGUACAGCUCAACUAGACAAAGUAAAUAAUCUUCUCAAUGGACAAAACCUGGAGGAAGUAUCGUUGACAAAAAGACGGUUGAUAUUUUCUAUUCAAUCUACAAUUCCAACUAUAAUUAAGAAAUUAAAUGAAGAAUUGAAGAAAAUAGAAGAAGAAGGAUUAGGUGAUGUCGAGAAUAGAACAAUUAAAUAUCUAAGAAUCCACAUUAAAGAUUGUCUUGAUAAUAUAAAUGGAGAAAUUGACAAAAUAUUUGAAUAUUUAAAGGAAACAGAUGAAAAAAUCAUGAUUAAUAAAUUGGAAAAAUGGGUGGAAUCUUACAAAAGCUAUUAUGAUAACUAUUAUUUAAAAAAAUUUAAUAAAUGA